AUGGAGUAUAUUUACCUUGUUGAAUGCGAUUCUUCAGCAUGUUUUCAGAAAAAGUUCGAUUUGAAUCUUCGAAAACCAACUCAAGAUGCUGCAGACUCAAAAAUAUCAUGUAGUUUACUGAAUGUGGAAGAUGGGAUAGAUGAUGAAGCAUGUGAAUUAGUCAAUGGAGUGGAGCUUUCACUUGGGGAGGGUGAUGAUAAUAUCCGUGCUUAUCUGUUCAAGGCAGUAAAAAAUAACAAUGGAACAGGUCUAUUGCUUCUUUCAGAUGUUUUCGGGUUUGAGGAUUCUUUCACUAGAGAUUUUUCAUAUCGGGUAGCUUGCAAUGGUUACAACAUUCUAGUUCCAGACUUAUUUCGUGGAAAUCCAUGGACAAAGGAGCAGCCAGAUGUGUUUGAAAAGUGGAUUACUAGACAAAACCUAGAGAGGAUAGCAGAAGACAUUGGCAGAUGGACAAAAUGGCUGGUUGAUGAAUUUAUGGCUGCAGGGAUUUCCAAGAAACUUGGCAUUAUUGGCUUCUGCUUUGGAGGUGGCCAAGUGUUAAAGGUGCUGGCCCAAGAUCAAGGUUCUUGUUUUGGCACUGGAAUCUCCUUUUAUGGUACAAGGAUGGCUCACCUUGCUGCUUCUGAUAUAAAGGCUCCUGUCUUAUUUAUUUUAGGAGAUAAUGACCCACUUUGCGUGGUAAGUGAAAUAGAGAAUAUUCAGAAAAAAAUUUGCGGGGGUUCCAAAGUAGUGGUGUUCCCAGGUAGAGGUCACGGAUUUGCUCACCGCCCUGGAUCUCCUGAAGAAGAUGUGGAUGCCGAACAAGCUUACACAAACAAAAAAUCACAACGCGGCGUGAACACAAGCAACAAUGCGCGAGCAAUGAUCUCUGACACAGACGCUCAGAUCUUGACCAAGGACGGCCUGAUCUCGACCUCGGAGGCAACAACGAAACCACGUGGAUGCGACAAUUGGAAGAGCAAUAAUGCUAUAAGGAACCAUGAACGACAAGAAAAUUCAGAUUCACCUGCAAUUUGUAGCGUCUACUCAAAGCCACGCACAUUCUGGAAACAAAAGCAGAAAUAG